GGACAUCUUUACAACCCAGCACUGUUUGCCGGCAUUCAACCGCAAGUUUAUGCAAUAUGCAAAGAAUACUUGGAACUGGCACGCAUGUAUUCCAGCCCAAUUUCUUCCGUUCGGGGACAUGUCUUUAAAUUGUGCCGAGAUGCCCUAAAUGUCCACACUGAGUUCCGGCCGCAGUUUGCUGACUGCAAAGACUUAGACGACUUCGAAGACGCCAUACGGCGGAUGGAGGAAAAGUGUUCCGUGUGCAAAGCGACAGAUAGAAGUCCAUAUAACCUACAUUGGACAUGCAAAGCCUACCUGCGGGGGGAUAUAUUACUUGCCGAGCCAGAGAUAAAUUGCAACCUGAGUGCAUUAGAUGAAAAUACGUCUGGAGAUACCACCCAACACGAGAUGGAAUCUUGUAUGUUGGCGGUCAAGCAUAAGAGGUUGCAAGAAGAAAGAGAGAAAAGAAAAAUCGAGAAACGAACCAGGAUGGCGGAGAAAAGGAAGCAUACUUUAAGGCUCGGCGCACAGCGCCAUGAAUUUUGUACAACGUGCAUGAUGAACAAGCGACCUUUUCUCUCGGUGGAGCUGGUGAACAACGCGCGCAGCCUUUCGGCUAUUUGGAUGCAGCGGCUUAUUCGGCUUCAUUAUAACAAAAAUUAG